AUGUCCAUGUUUAUUUGGACAAUAGGGAUUAUUUUAAAUCUCUUAUUCAUGUUCAUCAGAAUAAGCCAUUCCAUGGAAAGUGAUUUUUGUUUUCCAGAUCGCCUGGACCAGCAAACUGCGGAACACAAUUUUGUCCGCCCAGAAGAGGACAUUCAGCGGCAGCACGCUGUUUUUCGAAUUCAAGCAUUCAAGGAGGAUUUCGUACUCAAUUUAUUUCCAGAUUCCAACUUUCUUGCACCUACCUUUUCUGUGCAAACCGCCGCAGCAAAUCCAGACCUGAGUCGCUGCUUUUACUCCGGUGAUGUCAACUCAGACAAGGAUUCCUAUGCUGCCUUGAGCCUGUGCAACGGUCUGCAAGGCGCAUUUGGUUACAAAGGGUGGGAAUAUUUCAUCAGUCCCGCGCGCAAUGAUUCGGCAUCUGGAAACAGCGGCGCCGCAGAGAGAGCGCACGUGCUGCGACGCCGGAGGAAUCCUAACCUGAGCGCCAAUGUGACUUCCAGGUGUGGUGUGGACUCCGGUCAGCACCACGACAUUCUGCAGUCCUUGGAAAGGUACAAACACAUGAAAGGGAUCAAUAAAGGGAAUAUGACUGAAUCUUCUUUAAAAGGCUUGGGUAGGUCCAAGAGGUUUGCAUCGGUGCCUCGAUACGUCGAGACCCUUAUUGUUGCAGAUGAAUCCAUGGCUAAAUUCCACGGCGACGACCUUAAGCAUUACCUUCUGACCCUCAUGUCAGUCGCCGCAAGGCUUUACAAGCACCCAAGCAUUCUCAACUCCAUCAACAUUGUGGUUGUCAAGUUUAUGGUGAUUACCGAAGCUGACAGGGGACUCAAAGUUUCCGGAAAUGCCGCGCUGACUUUGCGCAAUUUCUGCACGUGGCAGAAGAAGUUCAACAAAAACAACGACAAACAUGCUGAAUACUGGGAUACCGCUAUUCUCUUCACUAAACAGGACCUUUGCGGCGCCUCGACCUGCGACACCCUGGGCAUGGCGGACGUGGGCACCAUGUGCGACCCCAAGAGGAGCUGCUCAGUUAUCGAGGAUGACGGCCUCCCUUCAGCCUUCACCACCGCGCACGAGCUCGGGCACGUCUUCAACAUGCCGCAUGACAACGUCAAGGCCUGCGAAGAGGUGUUUGGCAAGCUGAGCGAUAACCACAUGAUGUCUCCCACGCUGAUCCAGAUCGACCGCACCAGCCCCUGGUCUGCCUGCAGUGCGGCCAUCAUCACUGACUACCUGGACAGUGGUCAUGGUGACUGCCUGCUGGAUCAGCCCCAGAGUGUUUUGGUCCUGCCCGACGUUCUCCCAGGAAUCACCUACAGCCUUAGCCGACAGUGUGAGCUGGCCUUCGGGAGUGGUUCCAAGCCUUGCCCAUACAUGCAGUCCUGUGCAAAGCUGUGGUGCACGGGCAAGGCCCGGGGCCAGCUGGUCUGUCAAACACGCCACUUCCCCUGGGCCGAUGGCACCAGCUGUGGGGACAGACAUCUGUGCUACCAGGGCGUCUGUAUGGACAAGGAUAACAUCACCAGGAUCAAGGUGGAUGGCCGAUGGGGCAAGUGGGGAGUGUUUGGCCCAUGCACUCGCACAUGCGGGGGUGGCGUGCAGCUGUCCAAACGGGAGUGCAAUAAUCCUGUGCCAGCCAAUGGCGGGAAGUAUUGCCAGGGCAUCCGCAUCCGGUACCGCUCCUGCAACCUGGAAUCCUGUCCAGACACAGGUAAAAGCUUCCGUGAGGAACAGUGUGAGGCCUUCAACGGCGUCAGCCUCAACACCAACCGCCUUACCCCAUCUGUGGUGUGGGUCCCCAAAUUCUCUGGAGUUUCCCCCAAAGAUCAAUGCAAGCUUAUCUGCAGAGCCAACGGCACAGGCUACUUCUAUGUCCUUGCUCCCAAAGUAGUGGAUGGGACGCCCUGUUCCCCUGAUUCCUCCUCCGUCUGUGUCCAGGGAAAGUGCAUGAAAGCAGGUUGUGAUGGCAAGCUCAGCUCCAAGAAGAAGUUUGACAAGUGUGGUUUGUGCGGGGGCGACAACCGUGGCUGCAAAAAGAUCUCUGGGCUCUUCACCAAACCCAUACAUGGCUACAACUUUGUGGUAAUGCUUCCCAUUGGCGCCGCCAACAUUGACAUUCGGCAACGCGGCUACAAGGGCCUGGUCAAUGACGACAACUACCUGGCGGUGAAGGACAGCCAGGGGCAGUACCUGCUGAAUGGGAACUACGUGGUGUCGGCCGUGGAGCGGGACAUCCUGGUGCGUGGCAGCCUGCUACGGUACAGUGGCACGGGCAUGGUGGCGGAGACGCUGCAGGCUGUCAAGCCCUUGAAGGAGGCACUAACCGUGGAGGUGCUCUCCGUGGGUAAGAUGACACCACCACGCAUCCGCUACUCCUACUACCUGGCCAAGGAGAGCAAGGAGGAGAGGACCUUGAAAAAGGAGGGCAGGAGCAAAGCCGAGAACAGCGUGCUGGUCGACAGCAAUAAGGUGGAGCUGAAGAAGCCAACAUACGUGCAGAACAAGUGGAUGGCGGCGGGCUGGGACGAGUGCUCGGUGACGUGUGGCAGUGGGCUGCAGAAGAGGAUGGUGCAGUGUCUGGACCCCGAGGGUCACUCCGCCACCGACUGUGACUCUGCCUUGAGGCCUAGUGCCCUGAGGUUCUGUGGUGACCCCUGUCCUGACUGGGAUGUCGGGGAAUGGUCUCCGUGCUCCAAGACCUGUGGCAAAGGCUUCAAGAGGAGGGUGCUGCGUUGCAUCACCAUGGCGGGGGGUCUGCGGGCACGGGACCAGUGUGCCGGCAAGCGGAAGCCGCAGGAGCUGGACUUCUGUACGUUGCGGCCUUGCUAAGUUCUCACACCCCCAUCUUCCUCUAAACAGGGACAAUUUUUUUUUUCCUACGUAUUGGACAAAGAAAGGGAUGACUAUCAUUUAACAGUCUAGAACCAUGCUUGUCCUCUUGACGGACAACUAAUGAGAGGAACAGCGAAAAGCAAAAGAGGAAUAGUGAUCACAUACUCUGCGGGCCACUGAUUUCAUAUACAGAGCUGGAGUUCAGCCCAGACAUCUACCUCCAUUCAAAAAAAUCACACUCAAACACACGUCAUAUACCGAGUGUGAACAUGCGUGCCAAUGCGACUGUAUGCCGUUUACCUACUUAAUGACGUCCAGAUAUCAAAUUCAAAAAUAUUAAUUAAAGGUCUUUGAUGGUCUCAAAAACAUCAGGUAGUACUGAAAGCUGCUGGUAAUUUUCUUCAGAUUAAAUGAAUAAAGAAGUACCUACACUGGCAGAAUUAAGAUUUUAAGAGAUCAUUACAUCGAUGCCUUUAGAUAUCUGCAGAGAUGUAUCGUUUCAUUUUGAGUUGCCAUAUAUGGUUAUGCAAGGAUGUUGGGCCAAAGCAUUACAUCACAGCAUUCUUGAAGAGUCCUUGAAGAUGUGAAUAUCAAGUUAUGUUUAUGUGGGUUCCAGAUAAUUCAGCUGAAUCAGUCAAGGACCGCUAAAAUUGAGAAUGGAUUAACUAGGAAGCCUUAAGCGCUUUCUUUUUUAAAAUCCUACAUUCAAUAAAACCCAAAUAGAGGAUUUUGCUAACGCA